ACUGGAUCGACCGAGAACCCAAAUAACAAUCAUUUCAUCCUCUCUUUCUUCUUCCCCCUCUCGUUUCGAGAUUCUAGGGUUUUCAAAACAAAAGAAAUCCCCAAAUCCGAUCGAUCAGCUGCUCCACGAUCAGCGACGAUGAGGCCGAUGGGGACCUUGCAAGAUGUGAUCGAGGAGGCCAAGACUCGUACGCUGCUGUGGGCCAUCUGCAUCUUAGCGAUCUCCUACUUCUUAUCUCAUACAAGCAAAUCAAUGUGGAUGAAUAUCCCCAUAUCAGUUCUCAUCCUUUCAGCAUUUCGGUAUCUGUCUUAUGAGGUAGAGCUUCGCCGGAGGGUGCGGCCAAGCAGUAGACAAACCUAUUUGUCACACUUAGAGAAGAAGCAGUUAUCUGUGAAUGAUUCCCGUCUAACAACUGUGCCACCUACAUCAAAAUGGAGGCGGAAAAUUGAUUCUCCUCCUGUGCAGGCUGCCAUUGAUGAUUUUGUCAAUAAGAUUUUGCAGGAUUUUGUUGUAGAUCUGUGGUAUUCAUCUAUAACACCUGACAAGGAGGCGCCGGAACUUAUACGGAUCAUCAUACUUGAUGUUAUUGGUGAAAUAUCGGGAAGGCUCAAAGAGAUCAACCUCGUUGACUUGCUAACAAGGGAUGUGGUUGAUUUAAUAGGAAACCAUCUAGAUCUUUACAGAAAAAAUCAAUCUGAAAUAGGCGUGGAUGUUAUGGGGACCUUAUCUUUUGAAGAAAGAGAUGAAAGGCUGAAGCGCCAUUUAGUUGUUUCAAAGGAACUUCAUCCUGCUCUUGUUUCUCCAGAGUGUGAGCACAAGUUUCUUCAGCGUAUUGUUGGAGGCAUUCUAGCUGUAGUCAUGCGCCCACAAGAAGCAAAAUGCCCGUUGGCUCGUUGUAUAAGCCGAGAGCUUUUGACCUGUUUGGUUUUGCAACCUGUCAUGGAUUUGGCCAGCCCUGCGUAUAUCAAUGAGUUAAUUGAGUGCAUCUUCCUUGCCAGUAAAGAUGACAGCGACAGGGAGGUUGAGAUUAAUAAUUCCCCUAAUGCAGCCGGCUUUGUCCAGGAUCCCUUGCAGAGUGGGGGAUCAGGAUCAAAAAGGGCUAUCACAUCCAAUCAAUCAACUGAGUUAACAGUCACUAAAAGUGUCGGGAGAACAUCAGAAGCUAGUCAUCUAAAUAUGCUAGAGAAAGAUUCUACGUGCGAUGUGCAGUCACGGCCAGCAGAUUGGGCAAUGAUUUUAGAAGCUGCAACUAAAAGAAGAUCUCAGGUUCUUGCUCCUGAGAAUCUUGAGGACAUGUGGACUAAAGGAAGAAACUACAAAAAGAAGAGUCUUAAAGCAGGAACAUCAUUAGGAACCAAGAAAUCUGCUGGAAUUAUAAGCAGCAUGGACCAUGCUGGAUGCUCGGGGAAAGAACUGGUGAUUAAUAAGAAUAACAGUACAGUUAGUGAACGAGCUUCUGAAGGAGGCCACUUUGCGGAUGGAUGUGAAGAAAAUGCAAGCAAAUUCACCAAAGCCAGUAGCAGCCAGCUUAAACGUUCUACUAGUACUCCUGAUAUUAAUAUAUCACUCAUGGGAAAAGCUGGUGAGAAUGUGGGUUUCAAAGAGUCAACUGGUGAGUUGGCAUCUCGUAGUGAAGGAUUUCUGCAUGCUUCAAAGCUUCGGUGCCGGGUUGUUGGAGCAUACUUCGAAAAAAUUGGAUCAAAAUCUUUUGCAGUUUACUCUAUUGCUGUGACUGAUGCAGAGAGCAAGACCUGGUUUGUGAAGAGAAGAUACCGGAAUUUUGAGCGAUUGCAUCGACAUCUUAAGGACAUACCAAACUACUCAUUACAUUUGCCUCCGAAGAGGUUUCUCUCAUCCAGUAUUGAUGACUAUUUUGUACACCAGAGAUGCAUACUUCUCGACAAAUAUUUGCAGGAUCUUCUAUCAAUUGCAAAUGUUGCAGAACAACAUGAAGUGUGGGAUUUUUUAAGUGUUUCUUCAAAGAAUUACUCUUUCGGAAAAUCCACAUCUGUGAUGAAAACGUUGGCUGUCAAUGUGGAUGAUGCCAUGGAUGAUAUAGUUCGCCAAUUUAAAGGUGUUUCAGAUGGUUUGCGGCGUGUUGUUGGCUCAUCACCAACUCGUGAACCUUCCCAAAUGGCAGACGGGGGAAUGACUUUACCUUGGCAUGAUGAAGAAACAAAUAAGAACUUUUCAAGCUAUAGUAAUAUGGAAACUUCUCAUAGUAUGUCAGACGAUGAUGCUCAAGAUGAAGAUCAUUCUUCUGCAGGAAUUAGUGGAUGGCACUCAGAUAAUGAAUUGAACUCUAAAAGUUUUCCACCUCGGGUUGUCAAGCAAAUGGAGGAAUCUAGAAGUCUAGAUUCUCAUAGGAGCCAACAACCAGACCAACUCGACAAGUUCUUAGCCUCAAAGAGCUCUGUAACACGGGGCCUUCUUGAAGAUCCAGCGGGAAUGCCUCCUGAGUGGACACCACCUAAUGUUAGCGUACCAUUGUUGAACUUGGUUGAUAAAAUGUUCCAGCUUAAUCGGAGAGGUUGGCUAAGAAGACAAGUCUUUUGGAUAUCAAAACAGAUUUUGCAACUAAUGAUGGAAGAUGCAAUUGAUGACUGGAUACUGAGGCAGAUUCAUUUGCUUCGAAACGAUGAAGUUAUUGCUCAUGGAAUCCGUUGGGUUUACAAUGUUCUCUGGCCUAAUGGUAUAUUCUUUCUUAAGUUGAGAAACAUGCCAGCUGAAAAUGUGGGUCGGACAUCUGGUGAUGAAUCUGUUACUCCAAGCUCCUUCCAGCUUCAGCUUGAGGCGGCACGGAGAGCAAGUGAUGUUAAGAAAAUGAUCCUCGGUGGAGCUCCAACUACUUUAGUUAGUCUAAUUGGGAGUAGCCAGUAUCGCAAAAGUGCAAAAGACAUCUAUUACUUCCUCCAGUCAACCAUUUGUGUUAAACAGCUUGCAUAUAGUGCGUUGGAACUGUUGGUCAUCUCUGUAUUCCCGGAGCUCCGAGAUUUAGUCCAAGAUAUACACGACGAGAAGGCACGUAAACAAUCAGUUCAUGGAAAAUAACUUGAGCUUCUGCGGAUUCCUCUUGUCAAGGACAGUGUUCGAGAGAGAGGUUUGGGGUGGGGUGGGGUGGGGGGCGCUCCUGGCAAUCGAAGUGAAACUUCAGAAUUUCUCAUGAACCACAUCUACCUAUCGCUCUGCUAAGUGUCUUCUGGAGUUAGGAAGGAAGAAAGGGGGCAAUAGAUAAAAAGGAAAGAAGCGGUAUAUUUCUCCAUUUAUUUUGUACAGCUUUUGUACAUUGAAUAUGUUGUACAUGUUUGUACACCAAUAGUAUGGGACUAGUGACUUAGAGAAACCGAUUUGUAGAGUCGAAAAUACUAGUUAAUCCAUUCUGGCUGCAGAACGGAGAGCCUUUGUGGGUAUUAAUUAUCAUGUGAUUCUUUUGUUUGUACAUGUCGUAUUUGAUAGUGCUUUAGUUUUCAACAUUUUA